UCGUUUGUAUCGAUUUCCACCAAGGGACCGAUGUGUCGCAUAUUCGCAAGACAAAGAAAUAACACGUAACGGCUUUGAGACGUAGCAUAUUUAGUCGACUGGGGUUGUAUUUGUGCAUACCACAUUUCAUUGCUGUUUUAGCCGGGUUUAUUCAGUUUCACACAACGACCCGUGGAGGGAGGAGCGACGAGAGCAGCCCCAUCGCCAUAAACAACACUGGAUUGCUUUGUCUCAGCGGCAGACCGUGGUGGAAGAGAGUGACAUUUCUCAUCUCUGAUUUGGGCUUUACAGUUUGGACUCUAUAGGAGGGCUUCUGCAAAUUAACAUUAAAAGCGGACAUUUUUCCCUUGUGAUACAUGAUCAAGUAAAGCCUUUCUGGAUUUUAGUUUAUUUGUUCACUCUCACAAUUGGGUUUUGGAGCAUACACCCAACAGUUCUGGGAAGAGCUUGGAGCCAAUCUGGACCAAACGGACUUUUCUGAAUCUCAAUCUGGGAACGGUCACUGUCAUCAUAGCCAUCCAUGCUUCUCCUUUUGAAAUUCUGAGGCGUUUUUCAUCCGGCUACAAAUACCUUUUGUCGUCUCAGUGGUAAAAGGUGGAUGAUUUUUGGACGCGGAGGUAUGCCCACAGCAAGAGGAUACGAUUUAACUGAUUGAAAUUGCCUGGAAGUGUACCAGGUGUUAACUGAACGCGGCAUCGCUGCUGUGGUGGUCCGGCAGCCACAGCCCGGUCAACAACAGUGGUGAUAUUCAGUCAGUUUGGAGGAAUACGGACCCACGUGGAAAGGGACAACCAGUUUUGCGUUCACCAUGGGCUGUUGCAGCGGACGAUGCACGCUCGCUUUCAUUUGUGGGAUGCAGCUGAUCAGUAUUCUGGAGCGGCAGAUCUUCGACUUCCUGGGCUACCAGUGGGCACCCAUCCUCACCAACUUCGUCCACAUCAUCACCGUGAUCCUGGGGCUCUUCGGGACCGUGCAGUUCAGACCCAAAUACGUCACUGGGUAUGCAGUCUGGCUCGUGCUGUGGGUGACCUGGAAUGUCUUCAUCAUCUGCUUCUACCUGGAAGUAGGAGACCUCUCCAAGGACACGGAUCUGAUCAUGACCUUUAACAUCUCCAUGCAUCGCUCCUGGUGGAUGGAGAACGGCCCUGGGUGCCGUGUGACCCCCGUGACCCCGCCCCCCUCCUGGGCGCCCGAGGACCACCGCUACAUCAGCAUCGCGGGCUGCCUACUGGAGUACCAGUACGUGGAGGUGGCCCACAGCUCCCUGCAGAUCCUACUGGCUCUGGCUGGGUUCAUUUACGCCUGUUACGUUGUCAAGCUCAUUUCAGAAGAAGAAGACAGCUUUGACUUUAUAGGCGGCUUCGACUCCUACGGAUAUCAGGGGCCUCAGAAGACAUCACAUUUGCAACUACAACCGAUGUACAUGUCGAAAUAACAAGGACACACUGCCUUAUGAACCAAUCAAAUAGGAGAAGGAACUGUCGUUGCAACAAUUUUUUUGUCAUCUUUCUUAAAUGUCUUAAUGCUGAUAGUGUCUUACAAAUGUACCUGAGGAAGGGCCGGACAUCGACACUUUGACCUUUGACCUGAAAGACCCAAACACAUGAACGGACAACCAAGCGAGUGAACACACACACACUGGAUUUCCUUUGUUUCCGCCCUGCCCUGUUUUAUUUUUUCUUUAAUCAUUGAGCCGGUCCCUCUUCUGAACUGGGGAGAAGGAGUGUCUACAGGAACAACAGCGCCCCCAGGAGGACAAGACUGUAACUGCAGCCCCCUGCAUCUACAUAUAAUAGGGGUUUCCCCCCUUGUUCUUUCCAAUGGCAGAGAGAGUGCAUGGAUACAUUCUGAUGGAUGUU